AUGGGGAGUUUGAUGUAUGCUCAAGUUUGCACUAGACCAGAUAUUGCCUAUGCAGUUAGUGUUCUUAGUAGGUUUCAGUCGAAUCCAGGGCAAGAGCAUUGGAAAGCAGCCAAGAAAGUGAGAUACUUAAAGAAAACUGAAGGUUACAUGCUCACUUUCCAGCGUUCAAAUCACCUUGAGGUGGUAGGCUACUCUGAUUCUGAUUUUGCUAGAUGUCAAGAUGAUUUGAAAUCGACCUCAGGUUAUAUUUUUAUACUAGCUGGGGGUGCUAUUUCUUGGAAGAGUGUUAAGCAAAUUUUGGUGGCAUCUUCUACUAUGCAAGCAGAAUUUGUGGCGUGUUAUGGAGCUAUUAUCCAAGCUGUUUAG